AUGUCCCUUGGAGAGCACAGCCAAAACAGAGAUACGCACCCUAGCACCACAGCAUCAACAUCCAACGAAAUGACGACGUCAAGCUCCAAUUCAUCACCAAAGGGUGAUCCGUAUCCGAUUCCGGAUCUUCCGCCGGGCACAACGAUGCGCCUCAACAUCGUCAUCCUCUUCAUGGGCUCGCGCGGCGACCUCCAGCCCUCCCUGGUCGUCGCCAAGCUCCUGCAGCGCCGUCAUGGCCACCGCGUCCGCAUCGCGAGCCACCCGCCGUACCGCGCCGCCGUCGAGGCCGCGGGGGUCGGGUUCUACGGGAUCGGCAGGACGGACAUCAAGACCAUGAUGGAGAGGCGGUUGCUUCCGCGGAAGGAGCUGAAUGCGCUGGUGCCUGUGAUCCGGGAGGAGUUUCGGGAGAUGGGGGAGAGGUGGUGGGGGGCUUGCGUUGAUGGGUUUGGGUUUGAUCACGAUGGUGAGGAUGGGGUUGAUGGAGGAAGAGGAGGAGGAGGAGGAGGAGAGGAGAGGGGAGCGUUUGUGGCGGAUUUGGUCAUGUCUACGAUGCAUGUGUAUAACCAGACGUCUGCGGCGGCGAGGCUGGGUGUGCCGUUGCACCUGUUUGGGAUGAACCCGAGGAUUUUCUCGAGGGAGGUACCGCAUUCGCAGGCUGGGUGGGCUUUGAAGGGGCCUAGUCGGUGGAAGAAUGUUUUGUCCUGGUGGGUGCAGGAUUUUAUGUUCCUUGAAGCGAUGAAAUCCGUCAUCAACGACGUCCGCGUCAACGUGAUGGGCCUGGAGAACAUGUCCCCCGCCUGGUGGCUGAGCCAGUACAACAGGAUGAACGUCCCCUGCACGUACCUCUGGUCGCCGAGGCUGCUCCCGAAGCCAAGUGACUGGGCGGACAACAUCGACGUCGCGGGUUUCGUAUUCGAGGACGUGCCGUCAGAGUAUAUGCCGUCUCCGGAGCUGGUUGCGUUCCUGGAGGCGGACCCGGAGACGCCGCCGGUGUAUAUCGGGUUCGGGAGCAUGUCGUUUGCGAAUGCGCAGGACGUGUUUGAGGGGAUCUUUGAGGCGGUGAGGAGGGUUGGUGUCAGGGCUGUUGUUGGGAAGGGGUGGUCUAACCUUGUUAAGGAAGAUAUUGGACGCGUGAGGAAUGGAGACGAUGAGAGUCAAGGGGGCAGCAUCGGCGGGAAUAGAGACAUGACACACAUCUUCAUCCUCGACGAGGCGCCGCACGCGUGGCUGUUCCCCCGGGUCAGGGCCGUGGUGUGUCACGGGGGAAGCGGGACGACGGCCAUGGCGCUCCGGAGCGGGCGGCCUACGCUCGUGGUGCCCGUUGCCGGGGACCAGCCGUUUUGGGGCACGAGGAUCCACGCUGUCGGGUGCGGGCCGGAGGCAAAGUACGGGUUGGCGGAGAUGAACAGCCAGAGGUUCGAGGAAGGGCUGAGGGAGCUUCUGAAGCCGGGGUAUGCGGCUGCCGCGGAGAGGUUUGCGGAUACUGUGAAGAGGGAGAGACCUGGGGAGGAGGUUUGUGUUGAGAAGGUGCUUGAGACGGUUGGGGUUUAUGAGAGGGAGGGGAGGUGUGUUGUUUAUGGUGGACGGCCUGCUGUUUGGAGGGUAGCUUCGACGGGGAAGGAAGAGGGAGGGGAGAGGAAGUUGUCUGCUGUUGCGGCGCAUGUUCUUGUUGAGAGUGGGAGGGUUAGGAGGGAGGAUUUGAAGGUGUUGGAGGUGGUCAAGUGGCCUGAUUUGACGGGGCCUGGGGAUCCGGUGACGGGGUUGGUUCUCGGGAUGCAAAAGGCGUUUGGGAGCGUUGCUACGGAUGGGAGGACGGGGAGAUGGGGAAGAUUAGGUCUUCAUGUUUUGAGAGCUCCCCUCACGAUCCUGGCCGCCGUGGCGUUUGGCCUCUUCAACCUACUCGACUUCAUCCUCUACAAACUCGCCUCGCCUUUCGAGCCGAAGCUCUACGCGAGUAACCCGCGGCUGUACUCCUACCCGCGCAUGCUCUGCUUCCUCCUAUUCGCGCCCUUUGUCGAGCUAGCUUCCGUCGUGACGCAGCCUGCGCGUUUCCUGGCGGGUAGAAGAGAGGGAGAAGGAAAGGGGGGCAGAAGAAGAAGCUUACCAAGAGUGAUCCUCGAGGUGCCGCUCGCGCUUCUGAGGGUGCUUUUGGCGCUGGUCAAUGUUCUUGUUGGCGGGUUGGGUAUCACACUUCGGCAGCUGGAGCUUUUUUGUGCGAGGGCUAUGGGGGAGAGACCUGUGGGGGAUGUUGUUGCCGAGGCGAGGAUUCGGCAGGGGAGGGUUGAGGCGGAGGAGUUGAAGGUCGAGGGAGUUGAGAGUGGGAGGGAUUUGAUUGGGGAUAUUGUUAGGAGGUGGGAUGAGAGGAAGAAGGCUUGA